AUGGCCUCAGCAUCGCAGCCACAACGUGUGCUGCCGCUGCUCAAAUCAGCGGCCAAGGGAUUAGUAGGUAGCAUCGCGCUCUACUUCGUCGCAGACAUGGCUAGUGACAUCUACACCUUCUGCCACGUGCGGCGCAAGGCCCUCGAGCGUGUAUCCACCACUGGGGACGUCGCCGCACUUGUGGGGGCGCCCUACAGCGCCGCCCCCUGGUACGACGGCACCCUGGGCUUCUCCCACGGCGACUCGGUCGCGCACUGCACGUUCCAGGUCGCCGGCAGCACCCGCACGACCGACGUCGUCGCGCGCGCGCGGCGGCGGCCGGGGAUGCGCAGCAACAUCCUAUACAAUGCCUUAGGGGAGGGGGCGUGGGACCUGGUCAGCUGCCGCGCCAUGUUUCCCGGGGAGGGCGGCAUAGCUGCGCCGCGGGACAUCAUGGAUCCGCAGCCGGCCGCCGCCGCGGGAAAGGCGGGCGAUUGCGUGCCGUGCGAGAAGCAGCGGCGGGAGGGGCAGCAGCAGCAAGCUGCAGCCUCGCAGGGAGGGCAGCAGCAGCAGCAGCAGCAGCAGCAGCAGCAGCAGCAGCAGCAGCAGCAGCAGGCAGCCGGGUCGUGGCGACGGUGGCUGUGGUGGGGGGCCGGCGGCGGUAGCAGCAAGGGGGGGUCUGCCGAGGUGACAGAGAGUGGCAGCGGCAGCGCGAGCGGCGGCGGUGCGAGUGUUAGAAGCUGA